AAUGAAAAUAAUGAUGUGGUCACAGCUGAUGUAUCAUCUGUAGAGAGUUAUUAAAUAAAUAGAUAAUACAAAGUAAACAAUUCUUCACUGAUAUAUCUCAUCUGUUUUUGAAAUAAAGAUUCAUGUUUUAAACUAGACCACAGUGAAAAGAUAUCACAAAAGUGUGUUCUCUUCAUUCUCUUUCUCUCUUGAUAGAUUUUUGCAUCAAUAUUCCUGUUGUACAAAACUAAUUCGAUUUAAACCAUAACUUAUUUUAUGGAAUGCCGUCUACAAAUAAAAUCAAAUCAUGCGGACGUCGUAAACGACUACGUUAUUUUGAAUCGACUACAGAUUUAAUAGCACGGAAAUUAAUCACCUAUGGUGAAGAAUUCAAUCAUAAUCAAGUACAUACAUUAUUAUUAUCACUUAAAUCACGUAAAUCAUUGGCACAUAGUAAACUACGAUGUGAACCAGAUGGAAUAAGAUUAAAACGUGCUUCAAAAUUUGGUCCACCACCUCCAAGAAAAUUUUAUCCAUAUAAAGAUAUUGAACGAUAUUAUGUAUUUGAUAAUGAUCCUACAAUACUUAUAUUAGGCUGUGUUGAUCCUGAACAACAUAGUCGUUAUUAUGAUUUUUUUAAAUUACCUGAAUCCCAUUAUAAAGAUAUUACUACACUUAUUAAUAAAGCUAGAAGUCAUUCUGAUUAUAUACUAAAUGAAGAUGAUACAACUUUACCAACACCAGGUGUAUAUUCAUCACAUUCUAGUUUGAAUAUAUCUAAUGAACAACUUUCACAAAAUAAUACUUCUAUUCAGGAAACUAUAAAUCAAACUAAUGAAGUAUCUAUUGAUAAUUUACAACAAACAAUUAAUGAUAAUAUAACUAAUACUAGUCAUAAUAAUUUACUAAAAAAUGAUAAUCAUUCAUUAGAGAUUGAACAAAAUCUAGAUGAUACUAUUCAAGAACAAUCUAUUGAUAAAGAUGAUGUAAUUAUACAUGAUCAUAAUGAAAAUCAUGAAAAUUUAUAUGAACCUGAAGUGAUUAAAUGUGAAUUUGGACCAUGUUAUGAAUCAAUAGCAAAUAUUGAAACAGUGGAUUGUAUGAAAGUAACAUCAACAUCAUUACAGCCUAAUAAUCAGAAAGUGGUUCAAGAUAAUAGUGAUGAUAAUGAUGAUGACGAUGAUAAAGAUAGUUUAAAGAUAAAAUUUAAUGAAUUAAAAGAAAAAGAUAAAACAUUUGCAAAAUUAACUGAAAAUAUUAAUGUUAACGAUUUAUCAGCUGUAGAUUUUCGUUAUGUUUCAACAAAUCCUGAUCAAGGUAAUCGUAUUGUUGAUAAUGGUGAUAUUUAUAUAUUUAUUGCACAUUAUAAACGACCAGAAAAUAUAAAUAAUUUUAAUGAUUAUAAUAAUUAUAUUAAUGAAACUGAUAAUAAACAUCAAAUCAUUGAUAGUGGAUAUAAGAAAAAUGUUAGUACAGCUGAUAAAUCAUUUUCUCUACGUUAUAUUUAAAACUUUUAAGAGGAAACAAAAAGAAAAAAAAGAAAGAAAAAAGAAAGAAAGAAAAAAAGGAAAAAAGAAAAAAUGAAGGAAAACGUUAAUUUACUAUUGAAAAGAAAUAAUAAAACAUUGUUAUUUUUGUCUUUCAUAUAUAUCUAUUAUAAUCAUUAUAACGCUUGUAGUAAUAAGAACAAUGUAAGUUGUUGUUUUUAUUGUGCUUAAAUUUGAAGAAAUAUAGAAACAUUUAUUUUGAAAAUUUUAUUCAUACUACUACUUCUACUACUACUACUAAUAAUAAUAAUAAAAGGAAAAUAAGCCAUUUACACAAAAUAUAUGCUUAUAUGUUUUCAUUGAUAUGGGGGAACUUUGUUUGUCAGAAAUAGUAUAUAUAUAUAUAAACCUUUUAAACAAUGCAAUGAAAUCUUAUCAAAGAAUUCUUUAGUCGAAUCUUAUUCAAAAUAACUUUAUAUGUAUAAACGAAUUAUUACGUUAUUUGAUUUCUUGAAUAAAUGUGUUACUACUUUCUUUAAACAAAUUAGCUGAUAUCAUUAUAUUAGCUUAUUGUUAUCAUUGUGUUCUUCUUUUUCAUUAUUUACUACUACUGAUAAUAAUAAUAGUAGUAAUAAUAAUAAUAAUUGUCAUUAACUAUGUAUGAUCAAAAUUUUAAAUUAACUCUAGCCAUAUUUAUUUUGAUCAUUUGAAGUAAUUAUCAUUGAUAAUUGAAUGUUCGAAUAAAACAUUAAAUAAUAAUUCAUAUAUAUAAGUAUAGCUUAGAAAUAUGAAGUACUCAUGGAAACUUGUGGAAUAAUAUAAGUCAUAUAAAUUUAUUAAUAAUCAUAACAACUAAAUUAAGAUCAAUCAUAAUUAUCAUCCUUUUGUCAACAGUGAAAAAUUUUUAAAAAAAUUCUUCUACCUAGUGAUUAACUUAUUAUCUGAAUUUUUUUCUUUUUCAUUUGUCCUUAGCUCCUAUAAAUAUACCAAAAAAUUAUUUAUUUAUUAUAGUUGUGUUCUAUUAUUGGAAAUUUUUCAAUAUGUUUACAUCCUUGUUAUAUGAAUAUUGAGGUAUUCGCUAUUAGACAAUAAAUAACUUCAAGUACAAUUAUUUCAAGAAUAUUUUGUAGCACUUUUGAUGAAUAAAUAUUAAAUUUAU